AUGGGGAGAUCAACUUCUUCUUCUUCAUCAAGCUCACUAAUCUUCCUCCUCCCCUACAUUUUUCUAUUAAGUGUUGAUUUCUAUGGUGCAAAUUUAAGAGCAAAUGCUGUCACCCCAUUAAUUCAAAGGGCUUGUGAUUUCUCUAUGGUUAGAGAGUUUUGCUAUAAUGUUAUGGAAAAUGAUCCAGAGGCUCAAUUGGCAAAAACUAAGGUCGAUAUUGAAAAUGUUACAAUUAGAUUGGCGUAUUCAAACUUCACAAAUAUUGCAAGGAAGGCUUGGACAAUCACUUCAUGUGAAACAAAUCCAGAAUAUAAGCAAAUUUAUAGGAAGUGUCUCCAUCAGUAUAUACGUUUGAGAUUAGAUUUCCAGAAUUUUACUCAAACCUUGGAAUCCAAUGGUGAUUUGGAUCAAGUGGCUCUGGGUGCAAUAACUCAUAUAUUUGCUUGUACGAGUUUUUUCCAAUCUCCAUCUGUUCCAAAUCCCUUUGCUCAAGAUAAUGAUAAUCUUGGCUGGUUCAUUGAACUUAUUAGGGAUAUUUAUUUGACAUUAUAA